GGGCGGAGCUUCGCGAGGAGCCUCAGUCGGCCAGCAGUGGGCGGAGAGAGCGGUGUCUCCGCGUCGGGUGUCUGAGGGGGACGGCGCGGCAGCCAUGCAGGCCCCACGCGACGGCGCGGGCGGAGCGGCGGGCGGUGCUGGAGGCCAUGGUGGCCGCGGCAACCCUUAUGAGCGGGGUGUUCCUGGUGGCCCUGCUGCUCAGCGUGGUGUGCGCGGAGGCGGUGGUGCUGGUGCUGCACCUCUCGGGAGAGGGCGAGGCGGAGAACCCGCGCCUGCAGCCAGACGGCCAAGGAUCCUAGUUCAUCAAUUCACCAUGAGAGUGCUGUUCCUGUCUCCCAUAGAGGCAGAGGUAGCCCGCAGGUCCCUGGCUCCUCGUGUGGAACCUCAUCUGCAUGCCAUUCGGAAGGAACUGGCAGUGAUCGGCAGCUUCCUGGUCGUGAGAUGGACUGCUCGAGAUACUCGCCUCCUUGGACUUUCCUUCACUUCCUUUCUUGGCCAGCUUUCCCUGGUGGUGCAGAACAUGCAGCGCUUUGGACCCCUGUUUCCCCCUAAGUCUCUGCCAGGAAAAGGGGGCUGAAGCCCAACCUUGUGUCCCAUGCCAGGCAGUGCUUCCUUUCCCAAGGCAUUGAUUCCCGCAGUAGAUACCACUUUAUUCUUGGAGUCUACUUUUUCUUUUUGGCCUAUAUGGGCCCAUGGGUGCUCAGGGCCCAUUUGUUUUGUUUCCUUGUUGCUGGGGAAGGGAGAUGAUUAAAUGUUUGUUACUGCAGAAAAUCAAACUGAA